AUGAAGGCUCACUCUGCAUUGACCGGCCUGGUGUCGGUUGCCGCCCUUCUCCCCGAGGUUUCAGCCAACGUUAUUGCUAUUCGCGACCCCUCUGUUGAGCAGGUCGCUGCAGAGGCUCUUGCUGUCCCUCUUGCCGCCCUCAAGCGCGCAGCCCCCGACGCACCUAAUGGAUAUGUUCCCACACAUGUCAACUGCCCUUCAAACCGCCCGACCAUCCGCAACGCAACAACAAUCUCUCCCAACGAGACCGAAUGGCUAUACGUGCGCAGAAACAACACUGUCUCGGCCAUGAGAGACUUGCUUGGUCGCAUGAACAUCACUGGACUCGACACCAACUCGUACAUUGACAGCGCAGCAAACAACGUCAGCGCUCUUCCUAACAUCGCCAUUGCCGGAUCUGGUGGUGGUUACCGCGCCCUCAUGAACUACGCCGGUGCCGUAGCAGCAUUCGACAACCGCACAUCAAACUCUACUGGAGCUGGUCAGCUCGGUGGUCUCUUGCAGGCCUCGACUUACCUUGCUGGUCUUUCCGGAGGUUCGUGGUUGGUGGGAAGUCUUUUCGUCAACAACUUCACCUCGGUCGAGAACAUUCUGGCCCAGGAUACCGGCGACAAUGGUGGCACAUGGCAGUUUGGAAACUCGAUUCUUGAAGGCCCCUCAAGCAGUGGUCUCCAGAUCCUGAACUCUGCUGAGUACUACAAGGACAUCUACGACACCGUUCAAGACAAGAACGAUGCCGGUUACGAAACCACCAUCACCGACUACUGGGGCCGCGCUCUCUCGUACCAGCUUAUCAACGCUUCCAUGGGAGGUCCCGCUUACACUUUCUCAUCCAUUGCCGACGACGAAAACUUCAUCGCUGGAAACACCCCCAUGCCUAUUUUCGUCGCUGAUGGCCGUGCUAGAGGCCAGCUCGUCAUUGAUGGUAACGCUACCGUCUACGAGAUGAACCCUUGGGAACUUGGUACCUUUGACCCUACUACAUACGCAUUCGCCCCUAUUCGCUACCUCGGCUCAAACUUCUCUGAUGGUGUUGUCAUCGACGGCGACAUGCAGUGUGUCCGCGGAUUUGACAAUGCUGGUUACAUCAUGGGAACCUCCAGUUCUCUCUUCAACCAGGCCUUCCUCCAGAUCAACGGUUCCUCUGGUCUGAUCAACGGCGUUCUUACCAGCAUCCUGGCCAACAUUGGUGAGGACAACGACGACAUUGCCAACUACCCUAACCCCUUCUUCGGUGUGAACAACCAGACCAGCCGUGUCGCUACUACCGAUCAGCUCACUCUCGUCGAUGGUGGUGAGGAUUUGCAAAACAUUCCUCUUCACCCUCUCAUCCAGCCCGAGAGACACGUCGAUGUUAUUUUCGCCAUUGAUUCAUCCGCCGACACCACCGCUGACAACGGAGGCGCUAACUGGCCUAACGGCACUGCCCUGGUUGCCACCUAUGCCCGUACCUUCUUGGAUAUCUCCAACGGCACUUCUUUCCCUGCCGUUCCUGACCAGCAGACUUUUGUCAACCUUGGUCUGAACAACCGUCCCACUUUCUUCGGAUGCGACUCUAGCAACACAACCCACAUGACUCCUCUUGUGGUCUACCUCCCCAACGCCCCUUACGUCUACCACAGCAACGUCAGUACCUACGACCUGUCUUACAACGACACUGAGCGCAACUACAUUAUUGAGAACGGCUACAAUGUUGCCACCCUGGGCAACGGUACCCUCGACUCAGAAUGGCCCACUUGCGUCGGCUGUGCCAUCCUCAGCCGCUCCCUCGAGCGCACUGGCACCACCGUCCCCGAUGUCUGCAACCAGUGCUUCCAGCGCUACUGCUGGGACGGCACCGUCAACUCGACCACAAACACCACCUACGAGCCCCCAUACAAGCUCGCCAAGGGCGACGUGCUCGGCUUCUCCAGCAGUGGUUUCAAGGCCGCAGCACCCACAUUGGCUCUCGCCGUGUCCGCUGUCGCCACUGUUUUGAUGAUCAUGUAGAUUGCGAUAGGUGCUUUUGUUUUGUUCGUCGCCUUGUGGUUCAAAUAACACCUCUUUUGUCGUCUUUCUGGAAAGACAUUCCAAUUUAUAGAUGGAUAGAUAGCCGGGUGUUUCUCGGUUUUGGAAAAUAGAGAACAAACAGCUUCUUGAUUAAUGAAUCUUCAAAAAAAUAUUUUACAUUUACACAAGAUUGUUUUCACUGUCGAACCGUGCUCUUCGUGGGAUUUUGACGUCCAGUUUAGCCGUGUGUUGCAUUGACUUGAAGGAGAACCAGGAAUACCGAAGUCAAUAAAAUCAGUGACGCAAACACGAAUAAUAGAUUCUUAAUAUCGACAUAUGCGGAAGGGACUACGGAGGAUGAUACGAGAAGGAAGCCACGGCUCAGGUGUGAGUAAAAACGAC